UCUCCAUCUCCCACCUGAUCGCAGCCAUAUAAAUCCCAACAGCUGAUCAACAGACUUCAGAAAGCCCAAGACCUUCACAGAGUGCAGGACGGAGAAAGAGGAGAGAGCCGGAGCUAAAGCUGAGACACUGCGUUUUCAUCUAAGUGGCUUUUUUUCAUCAUUUAUACAAUGAGUGGCAAAUAUUGACGUGGGGGCUGUGAUAUACUCUCUGAAGUUCAAAACGAGCCAAAUCCUGGACGCAGUUACCAGCUUAUUUUCUACGGUCAACUGUGAGGAGACUGAGGACAGCUGCACGAGGAAGAAAGAGAGAGAGAAGAGCGAAAGAACGGAUCUCUUGCUGUGGGGGUGCUGUCCAGUGCUGAAGCCUGCCUGCCUAUACAUUCGCGCAGCACUGAAAGGGAGCUAUCCAGUGCUGAAGUUGCAUUUCUGACCAGCGGAACACAGGACUGCCGCACGAAAAUCAGCAGCUCAAUAAGGAGGAUUCGGAAGGGGUCUCAGGCUUUUCGCCCUGUGCUGGCAUCUGAUCACACACAAAUCGGCGUGCCGAAGAAGCGAUUCCGCCCGUCUAUACAGCCCCUUUUCCUCAGCCCUGCAUGAGGAGUGAUAGACUUAACCACCGGACGAGUGUUGUUUUGUUCAACGUGGAACCAUGCCAAGAUCUUUUCUGGUCAAAAAGGUUAAGCUGGAUGAUUUCUCAUCUGCUGAUCUGGAGAGCCAUUAUGGCAGAGUGAGGUCCGACCUCAGCCUCCGCUUUCAUGAAAAAGGUAAACCUGUUAUUACCUGUUACUUUGAUGUUAAUAGUCUACACUAUCUUUUAUCUGCGUAGACAAUGUUUUAUCAUAUGUUGUUUGGUCUUAUAUGUGUAUAGCCUAUUAAGCGUUUACUGUAGCAUGUGUGCGUGCAGAUAGCUUGUUGCACAUCGAGCUUCGCUGACCCGCGGUCACAUUGUAUCCAACACAGUCAUAUAUAUUUUUGUCGACUCUGCACAUUUUCCGAGGCAGGGAUAUUUAAAGUGCUCUACAGCGGAGCACAGAAGGUUAAACCCCUGUUGAGCUGCAUCAACCCACAAGUGUGCAACAUACAAGUUUGCAAGAUACUGUAGAUUAGAAUACUGAGUUAUAGUGUAUCCCUUUGGAUAAUUAUUACAAGCCCACUACCAUAGCCACACACAGAGACAGACAUACAUAAGGGAGGGAGAGAGAAAGAGAGAGUCUGUCCGUCUUUUAAACGAACGCUUGAUCAUGUUUUAAGACAUUAUUUACGCUAUUUAAAACAUACAGUGCGCGCACUCGCAUACUUGAAUAACCAGACUGUAUUUUGUCCAGAAGUACAUUUGAUAGAUUAUUCAUGCAUGUUCCUAUCUCUUGGUUAUGGAGUAACCUAUAGCCCUGGAUGUAAGUGCAGGCUAUGUGUACGUUCAGUGGUGCACGUCGACCUAUAUUCUGAGAUCUUUGUCAGAACGGCAAAUGCAAUUAUAGGCUUACUGAAGUGAUAUUAUUCCCCUCCCGCCUUUGUCCUUAAAUGGGUUAGCAUGCUAAUUGAAAUAGAGAGAUAUAGAUUGUUUUUAGUGGAGUGAUGUAGAAAAAUACAUUCACAAGAAGUCAAUGUCUUUCAACCCACCUCUGUUGGAACUGUAAAUUACUGAAAUAAUAGGCUGCAGAGCUCACGCGCUGUGAGUCAGAAAUGAAGCCCUACAACUGGGCAGAAUUGCACUGUUGCAUCAAUUGACACGAAUAAAGCGCCCAGAAUCCACCCAAUGAGUAAUCAGUAGGCCUAAUCACACAAAUAAUUGAAUCCGUUUUUUGUUCUUUUCAACGCUAUAGGGUACAUCAGUGACUACAUGACCCCGUCUGUCUAUGAUGGCGAAAGUGACAAUGGCAUUAAAGUCCCCUCUCCCAGCCCCAUCUACGAUGGCAUCCACAGCGACGGCAUCCACAGCGACUACGGAACACCGGACUCAGACCAGCCCGACAGUCCCCAGUCCGAGAUCUCAUCCGGGUACAUCAACGGAGACACCGCCGUGAGCGAGGGCUACACCGUAGACGCCUUCUUCAUCACGGAUGGAAGGUCGAGGAGAAAAGCCAUCAGCAGCCCCAGGACCAUACAGCGUCACACGUGCAACGAGUGUGGAAAAACGUACGCCACGUCCUCCAACCUGAGCCGGCACAAGCAGACCCACCGGAGCCUAGAGAGCAAGAUGGCCAAGAAGUGCCCCACCUGUGGGAAGGUGUACGUGUCCAUGCCCGCCAUGGCCAUGCAUCUGCUCACCCACGACCUCAAGCACAAGUGUGACAUAUGUAGCAAGGCCUUCAGUAGACCUUGGCUGCUGCAGGGACACAUGCGGUCACACACCGGCGAGAAGCCCUUUGGAUGCGCGCACUGCGGAAAGGCGUUCGCCGACCGCUCCAACCUCCGCGCUCACAUGCAGACGCACUCCGCUUUCAAGCACUACAAGUGCAAGAGAUGCGACAAGACCUUUGCUUUAAAGUCCUACCUGAACAAGCACUACGAGUCCGCCUGCUUUAAGGGAGAGUUCUCGCCCAUGAGCUCCAUUGACGAUUGACUUCUAUAGUAACCAUUAACACAUCAUGAAACUUAUUCCAACGGUAUCCCUAUAUUAUUCCCUAGACAACCUGUUCUAUGGUGACAGCACAGGUUUGUAUCCCCUCCUGCAGCAAACAGCAUCACUAAGGACAUGUUGGAUUACGCAUGUAGCCUCCCUAAACUUUUUUCCAUGGGCUAUCCACCUUUGAUCGUUAUAACAACAACAACUUGUUCAACUAUUAUGAGUCGAAAUUUCAUGUGUUUGCCAAACUCACAUGACAUUGAAAAUGUCUUAAUUUCUCUCGAAGGUCAAACCUUUUUUAAGUAUUGGACAAUAUUGUACUGCUGCCAAUGGCCACAAAAGUGUUCAGUAGUGAGGUAAACCUAUUUAUUAAUUCACUUAUUUAUGUAUCUAUUUAUUUAUUUAUUUUUUACUUUCAUUUUGUGUAGAAUCUUCAUUUGCACUUUAAUUUAGUAUUGUUUUGCAAGCAUUCGUCAUGAAUAUGCCAAAGCAUUUGCCACUUUCUAAAUAUCGUCUUAUUUUUGUUCGCCACUUUAUAAACAUAUUGCAUGCAAAAAACGAUGAUAAUGAAAUCUAUGCCAAUUUUAUGAAGCUUUGGAUUUUUGCCAAAAUCUAGAUAUAAUCCUUCGGUAAUAUUUCUCGGGAGUCUCAUCAUAAAGAACUAUAGAGCAAUAAUGCAUGGUAUUUGUAAAACAUAAAUGAGUAAUAACUAUAACAUUUUUAACACACAUCACCCUUUUAUCCAGUACUCUAGUAGUUAUACAUAAAUUGAAUAUCAGGGAAACGCCAGUGAGUGUGGUAUUUAAUGGAUAAACCCAUGGGGUGGGAUAGGGAAGGGUCCUUUUGUAAAUGGUUAUGCACUGCCUGCCUCGUAUUUAUCGUAGUCUUAGAACGUAGACUUCUGGUGCUGAUCUAAAAAUAGUUCCAAGCAAUCCAGAACAUCUCACCACCAAGUCUGUGGAACAACGCCCGAGGCCCAAACGACGGCGGCGCUACCCCAUAUCACGUCUCUCACAGGUGGACAAAUAAGUUUAUGGGUCACUUACAAGAUAACUUUCACUGCACCAGGGCACAAAAUGAUCAACACAAUAAGAUGACCGUACUCUAGCCACGAUAAAGUCCAUUAAUCUUAUAAAAGCACUUCCUUAUACUAUGAACAUUUCAACUUUUUAAAGAUAGUAGCACAACAAGUAGAUUCAGGUAGAAAGGCCUCGUAUUAGCUAUAGGCUAACCUCUGUUUUUGUACUAUGCCGAUCAAAGGGAAAUAACUGUUUAUUGCAAGACGCCUUGUACAUAACCCUUUGAUGAAUAUGAUAUUUCUACAAUCUGUAAAGAAUCAAAUGAAUCUUAUUUCUGGAGUUCUUUUCCCUGGGAUUUUUAUGCCCAGUAUUUGAACGAUGUAAAGCACAAUGGCACCGGGCAUUUUGUCUCACUUCAUAAUAAAGAAUCAAUAAAGAUCUAACA